ACAACAACUAUAGUAACACAUUCAGGCCACCAGACCUCACUCCUAGACUAUUUAUCACAUCCUGCCUUUCCUGUUCCAGCUCUGCUCUCCUCUACCCCAUCCCCUUCACAUGCCCUCCCUAAAGAUGCCUGUUUCCAGCAGACUCUUAAAUACUCAGAGGCAGUGUGGAGAAUUAAGAUGCUCUGGUUUCAAGGAAAUAGCAUGCAACUUGCCAAACACUCCUUUCAACUGCUCUUGAGAAAUCUCUCUGCCUCAAAGACUGCUCUGCCUGUGCUGACCUUAUUCACAAAGGAUCCAUGUCCCCUUUGUGAUGAAGCCAAGGAAGUACUGGGGCCUUAUAAAAACCGGUUUAUUUUACAGGAAGUGGACAUCACACUUCCAGAAAACUCUGCUUGGUAUGACAGGUAUAAAUUUGACAUCCCCGUCUUUCAUUUGAAUGGCCAGUUUCUGAUGAUGCAUCGAGUAAACAUCUCAAAACUUGAAAAACAGCUCCAGAAACUUGAGCAGCAAGGUGCAAGAGGCUGACAAACACCCUCAUGAUUUUCUACCUUCUCUGUCCAGAACGUGUUUUCCUAAGGAAAUGACCGUGGCUUCAAACUCCUUUUGUCAUUUUCACACAGCUCUACAGAUGUUCUGAACUCAGUGGUGCCAGAUAGUGAUAUUCCUCUUGUGAUUAAUGGAAGUACCAAUGUGGGAACUGUUUACGUGCUGGCAUUUUAUAAAAUAAGUGGAGUGUAUUGGCAGGGAGGGGAUAAUGGAAGGCAGGAGAAAUCCACUUGUUCUAUUUAUUUUACUCUUUUGUAUUAAUAUGGAAGCAUCUCACUUUCACUGGACACAGCCGUUUAUAAGAAGAAGGCUCUGUGUCCCUGCUGCUGCCCUAAGGGCUUAACUUUUUAAUGAAAGAAUAAAUGUUCUUCCACUUGGUAGAUAAAGUGAAAUGUGAAUUGCUAAUAAGUGUACACAGUCAAUAAAAGGAUGUUUUAACAAAUACA